AUGCAUAGGGCUCUGCGGCGGCAGCAAUGGACCUGCCCCAGAUGCCUGCGCAAGCAGCAGAGAUUCAAUUCUACUGCCGCUGGAACAGUUGUCGCCGACGAUAACACCUUCGAUGCUUCAUACCUCCACGCGUCUCCCUUCUCCAAGACCCGCAGCGAUCAUGCUCUCCUCCGUGAGAUCUUCAAUAAAAAGACCCUCUCCAAAACGUCAUCCACGCAGAGUUCGGGCCUGAUAGGAAACACUUUUCUGACUCUUCCACAAGGCUUUCAAAAAUUUGCAGAGGCGUCUGUGAUACAAUGCAAGAGACUGGUCGAGAGGACGCUGGCCGCUUCCACGGCGGAGCAAUACAGAGCCAUACCCAGAGACCUUGAUAGACUCAGCGACCUGCUUUGUCGUGUUAUAGAUCUCUCCGAUUUCAUCAGGAGCAUACACCCUAGCAACGAUGUCGCCGCCUCGGCAUCCGCUUCAUACUCACUCAUGUUCCAGUACAUGAAUGAGCUCAAUACGACCACUGGCUUAAAUGAGCAGCUUAAAAGGGCCUGGGCUAUGCCAGAGGUUCAGACCCAAUGGAGCGAAGAGGAGAAAAUGGUUGCACUGCUCCUAAUGAGGGAUUUCGCGAAAUCGGGCAUUCACCUUCCAGAAAAACAGAGGCGACAGUUUGUGUCGUUGUCCAACGACAUCGUACAGCUGGGAACCGACUUCGUCAAUCAGAUGGAUCAUGCAAAGGAGUAUGUGUCAUUCACCGUACGCCAGUUGGACGGUAUAGAUCCAACGCUGGUCCAAGGGUAUAAAAACCACGAAAGAGCACAGAUUCCGGUCUCGAGUAAGUGGUCUAAAAUGGUUCUUAGCUCUGUCAAAGACGCUGCAACGAGGAAAGAAAUGUACAUUGCUGAGAGAAGCGCCUCCAAGAAGACCAUUGCGACACUUGAACAAUUGCUCCUCCGUCGUGCCCAGCUUGCCAAACUCACGGGUUUCGACAACUUCGCACAGAUGGCUCUGAUAGAGAAAAUGGCCAAGACACCAGAGGCUGUGAACAACUUCCUGGAAUCGGUUAAUGCGAAUAACAAGAUACAUAUGCAGAAGGAGCUUGCUCCACUGUUGGAGCUCAAGCGCAAGAUGGACCAAGGCGCGAAGGGAUUGAAUCCGUGGGAUCACCACUAUCUCCUGGCAAAACUAAAUCAAAUGGACAGCGCUUCGGGGCCCCGCACGUCAAAGUCCCGUCUACAGGAAAGUGCGAAAUUUUACUUCGCUCUUGGCCAUGUGAUGCAGGGUCUGUCGAGCCUCUUUGAGUCUCUCUAUGGAGUCCGCUUUGUGCCAAAAGAAACCAAGCAAGGCGAAGUCUGGCACCCGGACGUCAGACGGUUGGAUGUCUACACCGACAAACAAGAGCAUAUUGCCACCAUGUAUUGUGAUUUGUUCUCGCGACCGGGCAAACAGAGCCAUCCCGCCCACUUCACGCUUCUCUGCUCACGAGAAAUCUCGGAGGAAGAGGUCCGCGAGUGUGCAGAACGCAAGGAACUACUGAACAAUGGCAUGCCGACAUUUCUCAGCACCAACCCAACUUCAGGCGUGACUUCUCAUCACCAAAUCCCCAUUAUCGCUCUAGUAUGCGGCUUCCCACAGUCCAGCGUACCCGGCGAACCUCCCCUCCUCUCCCAAUACAGUCUUGUCUCGCUCUUUCACGAAAUGGGCCAUGCUAUCCACAGCGUCCUAGGCCGCACCUCCAUGCAAGGCAUAUCGGGAACACGAGUGGCAACUGAUUUCUCCGAACUGCCUUCUGUUCUCAUGGAAAACUUCGCAACAGAUCCAGCGGUAUUGAAACUCUUUGCGAGACACUGGAAAACCGAUGCACCCAUGCCCGAUGAGAUGCUCAAGGUACUUGCUGAAGAAGGGUCCAAAGAAGCGUCGAGACAGGGUGCGUGGAAUAACGAAAGCCAGAUCCUCAUGAGUAUCUUGGAUCAGGUGUACCAUGGGGAUGGGCCUGUCCAAGCCCUCCGGAGCGGGCGGUACGACUCGACCGCUGUAUAUUACGACGUAUGGAACAAGCAUGGCUCCGUGCCCGAGCCGUGGGGUACAUCAUGGCAAGGCUUCUUCGGCCACCUUCACGGCUACGGCGCCAGCUACUAUUCGUACCUGUUCGACACGGCCAUCGCGCGACGCGUGUGGACAAACGUCUUCCGCAGCGGUGAGGACAAUGGCGCGAUCGACCGUGCCAGUGGAGAGAGGUUCAAAGAGGAGGUUCUAAAGUGGGGUGGCGGUCGGGAUCCCUGGCUCUGCCUCGAGGGAUUGCUUGGAGAGGGAAAGGGUGUGUUGGCAGAAGGCGGAGAGGAGGCCAUGUUAGAGGUGGGAAGAUGGGGAGUUGGUGUCGGAGCUGCCACCCUCGAUUAA